AUGGAUUUAGAUUUUACCACAAAAACAUGGAAAGAAGACUUCUGUUUCAUUGUGGAAGACAAAAGACUUUACGUUGCAAGAAAUAUUAUUGCACUUGCAUCGCCCGUAUUUGAGCGGAUGUUUGAAGCGGAGAAGGAAAAGGGAGAGGCUGAAAUGGAAUUACCUGGAAAGAAAUUCGAUGAUGUGAAAGAGUUUCUAAAAUGCAUUUAUCCGAGUGUAAUAAAAGCUGUCACUAUUAAAAACGCGUAUCAGAUCGUUGCUCUGGCGGAAGAGUAUCAAGUGGUUGCCCUAAAAGCUAAAUGUGAGGCAUGUUUCCUGAGGAGUAUCAGUACAAAAACACAUGCACAAGAUCUUUACAGAUUAAUUAAACUGGCCUGUCUUUACUCUCUAGACGGAUUAGUUUCCAAGUGUACUACAUUGGCAGCAGACAAGUCUUUGGCAGAUCUUGACGAAGCAGAGAACUAA